AUGGUUUGUCCAUCGUCGGCUGUGGUCAUAGCUCGCCGGCAAUGUCAAUCAUUUUUAAUAGUUAGAACAGUACGACACAUAACAAAGAGCGGUGGAAGUAGUAAUGAUUCGGGUUCAGGUACAGAUGAUUGGGAAAAUAACAACACCAGCAGCGAACACAUUCUAUUUCGUCAACGUAUUCCGUUGCACGCAUCCGUUCCGUUGACUGGCAAACAUGUUACAACAAGGUGGAAUAUCUGGCGUACUUCAUCCUGUAACAGUCGUUGUGACGAGUGUGGCAAACCACUCAAAAACAUUCCAUCAUCGACGCCCAGCUCGCGUUAUCUGAUUUGUGAAAACUGUCGGCGGUUAUUUAGCUGCGGCCCGCCAGAUGAGGAUGAUGAAAAAGGAAGUAUUUUAAAAGCAAGUGAAGCAGACAAGAAACCGCCGUAUCCAAAAGAGAUUUAUGGUUUCCUGAAUAAAUAUAUCAUCGGUCAAGAACAAGCUAAGAAAACGCUUUCAGUUGGAGUUUAUCAACAUUACUUACGUCUGUAUCAUAAUAUCGAGAAUAACGUUAGUUCACCAGCCAUGAAUAAUGCGGAAGGGAAUCGGCCGCGCACAGGAGCAUCUUCAUCUGGUGUAUUGUAUCAGGAAGAUUAUAGUAGAACUAGUCGCGCCGACAUUCGUUUUUUCUCGGAAGUAACGGCUCCUCAACAAAAACACCGAAUUGGUUCACCAGUAUUUCGUCCACUUCCUGAAAACGAUGUUCCUAUCCGACUAGAAAAGUCUAACAUUCUGUUACUUGGUCCGUCUGGUGUCGGCAAAACCUUUAUCACUCAGACAUUAGCCCGUAUUUUGGAUGUACCCAUUGCGCUAUGUGAUUGCACAUCCAUGACUCAGGCCGGUUAUGUUGGCGAAGAUGUGGAAAGCGUUGUGCAAAAACUCGUGCAGAAUGCGGGUGGUAACGUGGAACGUGCACAGCAAGGGAUUGUUUUCUUGGACGAGAUAGAUAAAAUAGCUGCAGCACAUAAUGUACAGUCUCAUGCAUUCAGAGAUGUUAGCGGUGAAGGCGUACAACAUGCAUUGCUCAAAUUAGUAGAAGGAACAUUGGUGAACGUAAAGAGUAGUCGUAAGUCAAUGAGCACGCAGCAAGACUUCGUUCAGGUUGACACAACAGAUAUCCUGUUUGUCGCAUCGGGCGCAUUCACCGCUUUGGAUCGUAUAGUCGGCAAACGACUUGAUAAGAAAACACUUGGCUUAGGUGCAAAAUCAGGAAUGCAGCGAAUAACCGAUGAUGAUAAGCUAGAAGCAGCAAUUUCGAAGAAGCGAGACGAUCUUUUGCGACAAGCGGAUCAAGGAGACCUUAUAAGUUUUGGCAUUGUACCGGAACUUGUUGGACGUUUUCCGGUUAUUGUUCCUUUUCACAGUUUGGAUAAGGGUAUGCUAGUCAGAGUAUUAACUGAGCCAACGAAUUCACUUCUUGCACAGAAAAAACUUGAAUUUGCUAUGGAUGGUGCAGAUCUUUCGUUUUCCUCUGAUGCACUUGAUGAAAUUGCUGCGCUUGCAUUAGAGCGUAAAACUGGUGCACGUGCAUUACGUUCCAUCGUGGAAAAGGUAUUACUCGAGGCGAAGUUUACGGUACCAGGAAGCGAUAUCGAAAGUGUUCACAUAAAUAGAGAGUGCGUGCAAGGUAAAGCUGAUUAUGUAUAUACGCGACGUGCUCAGCAGGCUACAGGUUAA